GAUUUUCGGAAUGGCCAACGUAAUUAUGCAGAAUGUUCGUCGGCAGCAUGCAAGCACGAACACAAUUUAUCAUGCGUUGUAUGGCCAUUUUUAUCUUGGCAUUUCAAAAAUCAUGCUGGCUAAAAUCUAUGGCAAGGCCUUAUCAACGAUCUGCGAAUGGUUCAAAAAAUUCAGUUCAACUGGCGGCGUUAAUCGCAAGAAACGGGACCAGGUGUACAAAAAGUUUAGAGCAGCAAUGAGAGCUUGGAUUGUCGAACUUUACAGCCGUAGCCCGAUUUUGUUUCUGGACGAGGCGCAAGAAUUGUUCCAGCGCAAAUUUAAAAUGUCAAUCAGCACAUCAUCUAUUUGCACUAUUCUGCACGAAGCCGGGAUGUCAUGGAAGACUAUCGAAAGAAGAGCGAUCCAGAUCCGGGAUGACGAAAUUGUGCGAUACGUGAGGGAGCUGCUGUCUAUUCCCUGGGAUCUGUUCAACUUGGUCUUUCUCGACGAAGUCAGUUUUGAUAACCGUGAUAUGCUUCGUACGAAAGGCUACGGAAUUGUUGGCGAGAAGGUUAUUUUCCGAGGGGAGUUUUGCCGAAAACCCCGAGCAUCAUUAUUGUGUUUCCUUGGCUCCGGUGGAGUUCUGGAAAGCUUCUGGACCGAGGGCACUUUCACGCGGGCAAAGUUUUUUCAGUGCUGCCGUGAUUUUGCCCUCAAGAACAAGAAGGUCCAAUGCUAUCCAGGAUUUCAUUCCGUCUGGAUCUUGGACGGGGCCAAGAUCCACUGCGAUCAACAUAUAGUGAAGUACCUCAGGACGAUUGGCAUUUUGCCAAUAUUCCUCCCGGCCUACUGUCCGUUCUUUAACCCGGUGGAGAUUGUGUUCGGGUUGAUUAAACGGGAUUUACAGCGAAACCAUCGACACAACGAACCCGUGAUGCACGAAAUUCUUGACGCGAUCAAUCGGUUCCGAAUUUAUCCGUGCGUAAAACUGUUCGAGCACUGUGGAUACUAUGCUGGAGGAACUUUCUUGCCGGAAAAGGGUUUGGAACAGAACCCGAAGAAAUUCGGCUUGAAUGUUUUGCCAUAAUUGAUGCGAAUAAUAAACAUACGACCUAGCAUACGACU